ACUCGCUACUGGGCAUGCGCAGGGGAUGGACGGUUUUGCAACUCAGCGAAAUAAUAUUAUUUUUGUACAGAGAUCAACGUUCGGAAAACUGGAGUAGGGUUCUGAUUUAACUAGUGUGUCGAAGAAGCUGAAUUUUGCCUGUUAAGAAGAUUGUCAAAAAAUUGAUUUAAUCUCGCUCUUUUAAAAUCGGCGUUAUUUUGUUUGGUAAGGGCGGAAGAAGAGAAUUGUAAUUUAGGCCUUAUCAACCAAUUUCGAUCAAGGAAAAACUUCCAAGAUGAGCUGGGACAGUUGGCUGAAAGAUAAAAUGGACAAAAGGAAGUACCCUUAUAAACAAGCUGCAAUCGAGGACAUUUCAAGGGCACUCAAAUCUUUUAGUGAUUUAACUCCCAAAGUAGAGAGGUUUGAAUAUGGCAGUGUAAGAGUAAGUGAUCUCAUAUGCUGCAAUGGGACAAUUCCAGUCAGAUAUAAAGGAAAUGUGUACAACAUUCCAUUAAAAUUAUGGAUCCUAGAAGCACAUCCAUUUAAACCGCCGGUUGUGUUUGUUAACCCCACAAGCAGCAUGGUUAUUAAACCUGGAAGGCAUGUUGACCAACAAGGAAGGGUUUAUUUACCAUAUUUAACGGACUGGCGGAGCCCUGGCUCUGACCUAUACGAACUGAUUCAGAUCCUAUGUCUUACGUUUGGAGAUGACCCACCAUUGUAUUCACGAGGCAGUAUGCCACCAAACAGACCACCCCCACCACAGAUAAAUGCAAGAGGGCAACAGCCUCCUUAUCCUGGGAUGCAGCAGUCAACCCCGUACCCAACUUCACAGCAUAGCGGGAUGCCAUCAAUGCCGCCUCAUGGUUCUCAGCCGGGUGGGUACUACCCACCAACCAGCGCCAUGCCUUAUUCAAAUUCAAGCCAAAGUGGAGCACCGUACCCAACAUCGACAUCGGGUUUGCCCCCGUACCCAGCCAGCGAUUCUUUACCAACUUCAAGCUACCAGACCUACAAUUCCCAACCCCCCUCAAUGCACCAGCCCCCGCAACAGCCGAGAAGUUCAAAUUACUUUCAUGGUGCCCCGACCACCAGCCAAUCGCCAGUAGUCAGUGACGGUGGUAAUCAGACAUUUCAGCAGAGAAGUGGGCCUAGCAGGCAGGACAGUGUUAUUGAUCCAAAUGUCCUAAAGAUGUCUGUACUAUCCUCCGUUGAAGAUAAAUUGUCAAAGCGUGUAAAAGAAGUUUUUGAACAAGCCAAGCGAGAGCUGGAUGAUCUGACUAAUACAAAUAAUGAAUUACAAGAACGGAAACAAAAACUAGCGAAAAUAAUUGAUAAACUGAACCAAGAAGAGAAUGUUGCUUCAAACAACGUGGAAUUGUUGGAAAGAAAGAACAAAGAAUUGACAGAGUUGGUCCAAAAAGUUGAGCAUGAUACUUCAAAUUUCAAUAUCGAUGAGGUCGUUGUGACGACUGCCCCUCUGUAUAAUCAAAUUUUGCAAACAUUUGCAGAAGAAAACGCCGUGGAGGAUGCUAUUUAUUAUCUUGGUGAAGCUUUGCGAAGGGAAAUUAUUGAUCUUGAAGUAUUUUUGAAGAACGUCCGCUCUUUGUCAAGGAAGCAGUUCUUCUUACGGGCACAGUUAAAGAAAGCAAGAAAAACUGCAGGGCUGAAGGAGUUAACCAUAACCUGAUUUGAAAAUCCAUCCCUGAUGCCAUUCGGUUUUGAAGGAAAAAAGCUGAAUUUCGAAAGAUAUAUUAUUCAUCGUUUGAUGAAUAAAGCCUUCCUUAGCAAGUGACUCAAUAAAAUUCAAUACUUGGGCAAAAUCGUGAUGUUAUCAUGAAUUUACUAUCUGUUAGCAUUAGCAGCUCGUAAUUUGGUGACGUUUAAAGUAAUUUUUAAUUUGCAAUUCCUGACAUUGUUUUUAUUACUAAGUUUUACAAAACAAUAAAUAUAAGCCUCCCGCAUAAAUUAUUCUGUUGCAUAUUCUUUUGUGAUUGAAAUCUUUCUGAGUAAGUGUGAUAUGUAUAGUUGCUAUCUAUUGAUGAUAACCAUAAAAUCUCCAGUA